CCAUGAACCAUUCAUAUUCAUCAAGUCUUCAAUUAUCUCGCUACAAACUCUUACAGCUUUCAGCUAUCUUUUGACAAGCCUUUUAAGAUCUAUCACUCUUUACACUUCACUUACUACAAUGGGUAUCGGUUUACGUUCAAUGGCCCUUCAAUCCAAGCAUAUUCUGAAAAGGGCAUCAUCCGUUGUGGAUGUUCCAAAAGGACAUUGUGCUGUUUACGUGGGAGAGACUGAAAAGAAGAGAUUCAUUGUUCCAGUAUCUUACUUGAACCAUCCUGCAUUCCAAGACUUAUUAAGCCGUGCUGAAGAAGAAUUUGGAUUCGAUCACCCAAUGGGAGGUCUCACCAUUCCUUGCAAAGUGUCCGCUUUCGUUGAUCUCACUUCUCAAAUGAGGGCUUCAUGAAAAGAGGGUGAACAACAGACAGUUUCUAGCGAUUUAGAUAGGAAAUUUUUCAUGUAGAGGGGUUGUUACACCCAUGUAAAAAAACCCUUCUUUUUUUCAUUAAUUGAUUGUGCAGAGUUAGAAAAGACUCUCCCAUUUAAAGAAUCAUUAAUACAAGACUUAUUCCUUUACAUGAUUA